AUGACCCAGUUGAAGCCCAUAUUGUCUCAUUUAGACCCGAUCAUCCCUUCGUCCACUGGGAAAUUCAAGCCCGAUAAGUUUUCAGCGUAUAGUUUUCACCGCCUGCGCUGCCACCCUAGGCUUGCUUUUUGGUCUUUCCUUUCUGUUAUUUUCAUCCUGCUUUUCUUCUGUUUCUCCCCUCCGGAUGGUAGCUCCGCCGCCAAACGCCGUAGCCUUCAUACCAGCAGUUAUACGGGCCGGAUGCACUUGGACUCGAACUGGGAAGUGAAGGCCCGGAACUCGGCCCGACCACGAUCCAAGACGGGCUUUUCGGUACUAGUUACUGGUGCUGCUGGGUUUGUGGGAACCCAUGUCUCUCUUUCGCUCAAACGUCGUGGAGAUGGCGUUGUUGGUCUUGAUAAUUUCAACAAUUACUAUGACACUGGGCUGAAAAAGUCCCGAAAAUCACUCCUUGAUCGUGCCGGCGUGUAUGUAAUUGUGGCUGAUAUAAACGACGCAGUUUUGCUUAGGAAGCUCUUCCAGACUGUGCAUUUUACUCAUGUGAUGCAUUUAGCAGCCCAGGCCGGAGUACGGUAUGCAAUGCAGAACCCAAAUUCUUACAUUCAUAGUAAUGUUAAUGGUUUUGUUAGCUUGCUCGAAGCAUGUAAAAAUGCAACCUUACAACCUAGUAUAGUAUGGGCGUCGAGCAGCUCUGUUUACGGGCUUAAUUCUAAGGUACCCUUUUCGGAAAAAGAUAGAACAGACCAGCCUGCUAGUUUAUAUGCAGCUACUAAAAAGGCUGGUGAAGAAAUAGCACAUACGUAUAAUCAUAUUUAUGGACUUUCAAUUACCGGGCUGCGGUUUUUCACAGUUUAUGGGCCGUGGGGAAGGCCAGAUAUGGCUUACUUUUUCUUUACCAAGGAUAUUUUGAAACGGAAAGAGAUUAAGAUAUUUGAAGGGGCUGAUCAUUCAACCGUGGCGCGUGAUUUUACCUACGUAGAUGAUGUGGUGAAGGGUUGUUUAGCAGCAUUGGAUACUGCAAAGAAGAGUACUGGAAACGGUGGGAAGAAGAAAGGUGUGGCGCAGUUUAGGAUAUAUAAUUUGGGGAACACAAAUCCUGUGCCAGUUGAGGAUCUUGUGGCUAUCUUGGAGAAGUUGUUGAAGGUGAAAGCAAAGAAAAAGGUGUUGACCAUGCCGAGGAAUGGAGACGUUUUGUUCACACACGCAAACAUAACUUUGGCAAGAAAGGAGCUAGGGUACAAACCGACAACUGACUUGGAAACAGGGUUGAAAAAGUUUGUGAAAUGGUAUCUCCAUUACUAUGGUUCAAAGAAAAAGAGUGCUUGGUGA